UUAAGAUAGCCAUAAGGGCGAUGUGAGAAUCAUUUCUGAAUCUCUCUGAAAUCGAAAAGGAAGCUUUAAUCACUUGAGUUAUCCCUCGCUCUCAUAAUAAUAUAAUUAUAUGAUUACAGUAAAUAGAUUAAAACUCAAAACGUUGCGAGUAAAAAAAAAUCGAACAAUAAACAUGAAAGAAAACAGAGGUCACGACAAGCAGUUGGAGCAUCCAUAAGGACAGAACUCUUGUGUAUAUAAAAGAGGGGAAGGCAGAAAUCAUAAACAACUCCGCCAAAUAAAAAGUUUUGGCAAAUGUAAAUUAUAAAAUACUCCAGUAAUACUACAGUGAGUUACAACCGCAUUUGACGGCGUCAUCGCUCUCUUGCUCAUCCUCCUACUACUCUUUGACCUCGCUUUCCAUUCUAGACUAGUCUUCUCUCCCAUUUUCUCUCUCCUCAGUCUUCCCCAAACUUCAAUUUUUCUGGGUUUUAAAUAAAUGUGAAAUCAACGAACUUUAAUAAGGUAAACCCACUACUACUAUUACAAUUUCCAAUUUCUUCCAAAAAAUUAUGAAUUUUUUCUUCCAACCAUUUGUAUUUAGGACUGAUUAAAAGGGUCCCCCACGUCUUUACAAUCCUACCCAGAUCGCCAGCUAACUUGUAAGUUGUAACCCACUUCACAAUUUUUGAUUUUUUUAAUUUCUGGGUUCAUUUGGGCAAAACGUCGAACACCUUGUAUUCAAUACAACUUCAAUUUUGUUGAAAUUUUUUUAACCCCAGUUGAAAAAAAGGGGGAAUUUGAGGUGUAAAAAUGGCGGAUUUGGUUAAGCAGAUCUUAACAAGGCCAAUACAAUUAGCAGACCAGAUAAUAAAGGCAGCAGAUGAGGCUGCUUCGUUUAAGCAGGAGUGUUUGGAGUUGAAAUCAAAGACUUCCAAACUAUCCGACCUGCUUCGUCAGGCCGCUCGGUCGAGUUCCGACCUUUAUGAGCGGCCUACUCGUCGGAUCAUCGACGAUACGAAUCAGGUGCUUGAGAAGGCCUUGACCGUUGCACAAAAGUGCCGGGCAAACGGCCUUCUCAAGCGCGCCUUCACCAUCAUCCCCGCAGCCGCCUUCCGAAAGAUGUUCGGCCAAUUGGAGAACUCUAUCGGAGACGUCUCGUGGCUCCUCCGUGUUUCCGGAGGAGCCGGGGAUGAUGAUGGAGGCGUCGGGGGAUACCUCGGUCUUCCCCCGAUCGCUGCCAACGAGCCUAUCCUCUGCCUCAUUUGGGAGCAGAUCUCUAUUCUAUCGAUAGGCUCGGUGGAUGAUCGGGCUGACGCUGCCGCCUCUCUGGUAUCGUUAGCCCGAGACAAUGAUCGUUACGGUAAGCUCAUCAUUGAGGAGGGUGGUGUUGUCCCUCUAUUGAAACUGUUAAAGGAGGGAAAGACAUUGGAAGGUCAAGAGAACGCGGCUCGAGCCCUCGGGCUAUUAGGCCGUGACCCUGAGAGUGUUGAGGCAAUGGUUCUAUCUGGGGUGUGCUUAGUUUUUGCCAAAAUUCUUAAGGAAGGGCCUAUGAAGGUGCAGGCUAUGGUUGCGUGGGCGGUUUCGGAGUUGGCUCGGCAUUAUUCAAAGUGCCAGGACAUUUUCUUUCAGCACAAUGCUGUCCGGUUGUUGGUUGGGCAUCUUGCAUUUGAGACAAUUCAAGAGCAUAGCAAGUAUGUAGUUUUGACCACCAAGUCUAUCACUGGUGCUGCUUCUAUUCACAAUGCCGCGGUUGCUAUGGCUGCGGCUGCCAAUGCUAAUCAGAGCAGUGCCAUCAAAGUGAAGGUGCCGGAAGAUGAGGAAAAGACUCAGAUCGCGCAUCCGAUGGCUAGGAGUGCUAGUCCUAGUAGGCUGCAUAAUUUGGUUGCUACUGCUACUGCACAAGCUAAGGCCAAGACAAACCCUCCUGUUGCUGCUGCUGCUGCCACCACACAAGUCAAUGGCAGCAGCAAUGUGAAUGCGAAUGGAAAUGGGAGUAAUAGCAAUCAUCAUAAUCAUACUCAUAGUUUUGCUGGGGGUAAGAUUAGGGAAAGGGAAAUGGAGGAUCCAGCAGUCAAGGCUAACUUGAAGGCAAUGGCGGCGAAAGCCCUGUGGCAUCUUGCUCAAGGGAAUUCUGCCAUCUGCAAGAGCAUUUGUGAGUCGCGGGCAUUGCUUUGUUUUGCUGUUCUAUUAGAGAAGGGAACGCCUGAAAUCCAAUACAACUCUGCAAUGGCGGUGAUGGAGAUCACCGCUGUUGCUGAGAGGGAUGCUGAUCUUAGAAGGUCAGCAUUUAAGCCUAGUUCUCCUGCCUGCAAGGCUGUGGUUGAUCAAUUGUUGAAGGUCAUUGAAAAGGGUGAUUCAGACCUCCUUAUCCCUUGUCUUAGUGCAAUUGGUAAUCUUGCUAGGACUUUUAGAGCCACUGAAACCCGAAUGAUCGGACCAUUGGUACUGCUGCUAGAUGAGCGUGAGCCAGAGGUGGAAAGGGCAGCUGUGAUUGCCCUUACCAAAUUCGCAGGCAGCGAAAAUUACCUGCGUGUGGAUCACUCCAAGGCCAUACUUGCUGCAGGUGGAAUCAAGCAUUUGAUACAGCUGGUGUAUUUUGGAGAACAACAGAUAGUGCAAAUCCCAGCAUUGGAGCUGCUGUCUUACAUUGCACUGCACGUGCCCGAUAGCGAGGAGUUGGCUCGAAACGAGGUGCUUACUGUCUUGGACUGGGCAUCAAAACAGUCUCACAUGGUGCAAGAUGAAUCUAGAGAGACUUUGUUGCUAGAAGCUAAGAGCAGGCUUGAACUUUACCAAACAAGAGGCACAAGGUGAAGAGUUAAAAUCUAAAAAAUUGCGCUUUUUCCGAAUUAAGAGUAAUUAUUAAACACCCUACCCCAACUCCCUCAAAUGGUGAAUAGCUCAUUCGUUUGUGUAUCCAUCUAAAUUGAUUUGUCUCAUAAAUAUUACAUUUUCACCUCGAAAUUUUUUUGAUGAUAGCAUGAAUUUGUAAUUUUGUUAUCAUUUAAUGUGUAUUGUAAAUACAAAUUAGUUGCAAAAGUUCAUCAACAAUGACAAAAUUCCUUCGAUUUUGAGCAA